AAUUUAGGUAACAAUGGGUUCAGAAAAGAAGAAAAAAGAUAAAAAGAAAGAUAAAAAGAAGAAAAGUCGGCAUUCAGAACAUUCAGAGAGUACAGAAAGAAGAGACAAAAAGAGGCAUAAACAUGAUUCACCUGACAGCAAUGCUGAUAAUUUUGCUCAAGCUUCUUUGAGUGUGAAUGAUAGUAACAAAUUGAGAGAAAAGCUAGGUUUGAAACCUUUAGAAGAUGAGUCAAAGAAAGUGGAAGUAGAUCAAAAUGUUGUUUCACUUAGCAUUGACGAAACAAACAAGCUGAGGGAAAAACUGGGGAUGAAGCCUCUAGAAGUAGCUGACAAAUCAGGUGAUGUACAUGUGCCUGCAAAAAACAUGGGUAAAAUUUUGGAAACAGAAAAGUUAGCUGAAAAAAUGAAACUUCUUCAAGAAAAAAGAAGGAUAAAGCAGCAGCUUAGCAGUGUCAAAUCAUUAGGUGCUGGCUCAACUGACUUGACAGAUACUGUUGCUUGGAUACAACGCAGUCGAACUAUUGACAGCAAAAAAGCUGCUGCUGCAGCUCAGACCAAACUGUUGGAUGCCAUGGAUGAUGAAUUCGGAAUUGGUGAGCUUGUGGAAAGUAAUCGCUUUGGUAGGGAAUACACAAAUAAAAAUAUGAAGGACUUAACUGUGUUGCAUGAUGUUAGCUCUUUCAAAGAAGGGGAUAUGACCAUUCUGACACUUCAGGACAAAGAAAUUCUUGACGAAGAAGGAGAUGAAGAUGUCCUUAUAAAUGUGAACAUGCUGGACAAUGAAAAAGUAGAUAGGAAUAAUGAUCUUAAGAAGAAAAAGCCUGAUUAUAAUCCGUACACUGAAGAUAUUGAUGAAUUUGGGAAUGUCAAACGGCAGAACAUGCUCUCAAAGUAUGAUGAAGUUAUUGAGGGUGAGAAGAAACGGAGUUUCAAGUUGUCUGAAGCACAGAAUGCUGAAGUUAUCAAGAGGAAAAUGUCAGAAGGAUUACAGCAGCGACCUGGAAACAUUUCUCUUGACACAGCAUAUUUAAAGAAAACUGCAACUGAAUAUUUUACAACAGACGAAGUUACCGCUUUCAAGAAACCUAGGAAAAAGAAAAUAAGAAAGAUUAGAAAAACCAAAGUAGAUGAAAUUGCUCCGUUGCCAAAUGAAGAGAAACUGACUGGACGUCGAGACCAUGGAUCAAGGGCUGCAGGGGGAAGGAGCAAAGGAAGCGUUGAUGAGGUGAAAAUUAAAGAUAACGGUGACAAUAUGGAAAUCGAUAUUGACGACCAACCAGACUCCAAUGUGGUAUCAAAGAAAGGCAGUGGUGGAAAGAUCAGCGAGAGAGAAUUGUACUCAGUGAGACUGGAAGAGGAAGACAAUGAACUUGAAGCUGCUCUUGCUCGAUCAAGAAGAUCAAACAUAAAAGAGAACAAGAAGACUAUAUUGGAGACAUUAUCACAAUUACAGCCUAAAGAGGAAGCUAUCCCAGGAGUAGCUAAAGCUAGUCAGAUCGUACUGGAUAGAACAGCUGAAUUUGCUAAAGGUAUAGGAGGAAGUGAAGAAAAGGAGCCUAGUGAAACUCCCAUAAAACCAGAACCAAUGGAAACAGAGGAACCUGUUGAGAAGAUCAGUGAUUGGAAGGAUGUUGACUUUGUCACCGCUACUUUUGGAGAGUUUCAAGACUACGACCCAAGUCGUGUAGAUACACAGGAGGUUAUCGAGGCAGAACCUUCACUUCAACGUGGUUUAUCUGGAGCACUACAAGUUGCACAGCGCAAGGGCUUCAUCGAUAUCAACAAAAAAUCCGUCAACUCUAAAGACAUAAGCGAUGCAGUUCAAGCAACAGGGUCACUUCGCGCUAGAUUCUACCAAGUGGACAAAGACACGGGUCAGGAUGUGGACACACGCCGACGUGGUGACCGGGAGUAUAGCUCAGGUCAGUUCCCGGAAAAGCGUAACUACAAUCCUGAUGUUAAAAUAGCAUAUACAGACAGCAUUGGAAGAGAGUUGAACUCAAAAGAGGCAUUCAGACAACUGUCACAUAAGUUCCACGGCAAGGGGUCAGGUAAGAUGAAAACAGAGAAGAGGAUGAAGAAAGCAGUGGAGGAGAUGUCGCUGAAGAAGAUGGAAUCUGAUGAUACCCCGUUAGGGUCAGCAGCGUUGUUCAGAGAGAAACAAAAGGAUGCUAAUUCAGCUUAUAUUGUACUGUCGGGUGGUAAUAGGAUUCCUCAAGACGUUAAUAAUAACAUUUCGAAACUGUCUAAGAGGUGAUAAAUUAUGAAAUUUUGACAUCAUUCAAGUUUUAUUUUCGAAGAAAUCUUAAAGAAAUCUCGCUUUGAAAAUGGCAAAGAAAUUACGUAAUCAAUAUUCAUGUCAGUAGCUGAAAUUGUGUGGCUGACCUUCAGAUGUGAACUCUUUAAACGAUAUAUCAGGACAAUGUGCUACUUAAUAUAAUAUUAUUUUAUCAUUCUACGAAAUAA